UCUCCUUUUUCGUUGGCGCAGAGAAACCCUAAAAUCCCCAAUCUCUUGAUCCUCUCAGAAGGGCGAAGGGAAGUUGGUACUUCUUCUCAAAGGUUGAGUUAAGGUGCAUUUUUGUUGCAUUGGUGAGGCUGUUGUAGCUGCUCACUUGGUGCCACUAUAAUGGCUUACGAAAUCAGCGAAAUAAAAAAGGUUGGCAUUGGCCUAAUUGGUUGUAGCAUUUUCUUCUCAAUACUUGGUGUGAUUCUUUUCUUUGAUAGGGGAUUGUUGGCCCUGGGCAAUAUAUUUUUCUUGUCUGGUGUAGCCAUUCUACUUGGUUGGCAAUCUACAUUGCAGCUUUUCACUCAGAAAAGAAAUUUUAAGGGCUCUCUUUGUUUUCUCGUGGGGCUCUUUCUGAUAUUUGUUCGCUGGCCCAUAGUUGGUAUCAUCUCUGAAAUAUAUGGUUUGGCUGUUCUUUUUGGUGGUUUUUGGCCUUCGACAAAAGUGUUUCUCUUCCAGAUACCAGUGUUAGGUUGGCUUUUACAAUACCCUUUUCUGUUUCUUGAUCAAUUGAGGCGGCUUAUUGGCUGAAGAUGAUGAUGCUAGUACUUCCCCAGACGAUGUACAAAGGUACUCUAAUUUCCAUGACAGAGAUGAAGUAAAGCUUAGACAUUGAGGCUUGUUGAGGUCCUUAAAUGACACAAGGACGGCAGGGCAUCUAACUAAGUUGGCCAAUUACUAAGGGCUAGUGCAUGAGAAAAAAUGGAACUAUGUGAAUGGUAGUCUUAAAAGCUUAUCCCAAAUGUUGAUGUAUGUUCUGAAGAAAUAUUUAAGUGGUUGUCUCUUCUUCACACAAACAAGGGAAUGAGUAAAUGCUGCAUUUAUAAGGCACCAUGUCACACUUGUUUGAACUUUGGAAAGCUUGGUUUCUGCAACAAAUGAAUAAUGGGAGCCUUGAAGGGAAAAGGAUUGGUUCCCAACAAUUCAAUGCACCCCAAGUUGAGGCACAGACAAAUAUAUAUAUAUA